AUGUCACUCACCCGUUUCUUAAUCCCAUCAUUGUUAUUUCUACUUCCACUCCAUUUCCACAUUCUCGAAGCAAACAUGAACAAUCGCGAAAACUCUACACUAGUUCCGUCUUCACCCUCUUUGGGUUCACCAUGGUUAAGAAUGACAGUUAAUAACCCUAAUGAGAAAACGGGUAAAAACCCAAGAGAGCCCGGUUGUAAGAACCGACCAUGGAUAUGUAGGAAAAGCGAGUACCCACCAUGGGAACGUCGGUUCUGUUGCAAGAACCGAUGUGUGGAUGUUUCGUCAGAUGUGAAUAAUUGCGGGGCUUGUAACAUUAGGUGCCCGUUCGGUUGGCAAUGUUGUCGCGGGCAAUGUGUUAACACGAAUUUUAAUCCGCGUCAUUGUGGAAGUUGCCAACAUAGAUGCCCUAUUGGGAGGCGUUGUAUUUAUGGUAUGUGUGGUUAUUCUUCGUCCAUUUCUUCUAUCCCAACUAUAAAGAAAUAUGUGCCUCAACAUUCAUCUUCUAGGUGA